UGAAACCGUGAGCGAGAGAGCAAUAAAACCGUCGUUCACUGCUUGAGAUAAAACGGUAAAGUGUUGCACCUUAGAUGGCGAGAGCCCAACAGCCCAAAGUAUCACUAGCUUAAACCUCUGAUCUCAAUGAUAUGGGACAUAUGUUUUUUCCUUUUUUGGUUUUUUAUUUUUAGCUUCAAUGAGCUUUAAGUUCUGUUUUUAGACUUGAAAUCAGAAUCUGUGAAUUCAGGUUCUUCGUCCUGUGGCUUUUUGUCUAAAAUCUUUGCAAGUAACCAGUGUCAAUUGAGUUGUAUGAAACAGCAUGCAUAAUAAAAAUGAAUUCUCUGACAUCCUUUCAGAUUGAGAAACUCCAGGCAUUAUCUAUGACCGUCAAGACUAUUUAGAUUUACCAAGAUGCAUGCAAUUUCUACCUCGCAAAUUUGUAAAAUAAAUAUCUAACGACGCAAACAAAUAUUUUUGUGGUUUCGUACGAUACAUAUUUGUGUAAGACGUCACAGAUAAGAGUGAAUGCUCCGAACCCACUGAGAAAGGUAGAUCCUUGAGCAUGAAUGAUGAACGGAAGAUGCCUUUGUCACGAAAAAUAAAAGGAAAAUUCAAUUUUAAAUAAGCUGGAGACAACAUGCGAUACGCGCGCCAUAUGUUCGACAAAAUUCCCAACUCAAAAAAUCAGUUCUUAUGGACUUCCCUUAUACGUUCCCAUGUCCUCCAUGGUCAGUUCAGCCGUUCUAUUCUUUUAUACGCUAGAAUGCACCGGAAAGGAGUUCUGCCGUCCAGGUUCACCUUCUCUUCUGUCCUCAAUGCUUGUGCUCGCCUUCCAGCACUUCUUGAAGGCAAGCAAGUCCACGCUAGAGUUAUACAAUCAGGUUUCUUGAGUAACAAGGUUGUACUAACUGCUCUACUUGAUGUUUAUGCAAAAUCAGGAUUUGUGUUGGAUGCUAGGAAAGUGUUUGAUAUGGUAGACGAAAAGGAUAUUGUUAGUUGGACUGCAAUGAUAUGUGGGUACACUAAAAUGCAGAUGAUGGGUGAGGCUCGACGCUUGUUUGAUCUCAUGGGGGAGCAUAAUGUUGUUUCUUGUACUGCUAUCGUUGCUGGGUAUGCCAAUUCUGGUGAAAUGGAAGCAGCAAAGAAGUUGUAUGAUAGGAUGGUGGAGAAGAAUUCAAUUACUUGGGUUGCCAUGAUAGCUGGAUAUGGGAAGUGUGGUGAUGUGGGUGAAGCAAGAAGAGUGUUUGACGAGAUAAGAGAACCAAACUCUCUGUGUUGGGCAGCAAUGGUGGCGUGUUAUGCACAGAAUGGUUUUGCAAAGGAAGCUAUUGAAAUGUACGAGGCAAUGAGGGAAGAAAAAGUGAGAAUCACAGAGGUGGCAAUGGUAGGGGCAAUAUCUGCUAGUGCCCAACUCGGAGACAUGGAAAUAGCUAACAAGUUGGAACAACAUAUAGAAGAAGGAUGCUGCGAUCGGACAGUGUUUGUAUCUAAUGUGCUGAUUCAUAUGCAUGCGAAAUGUGGAAGCAAGGAACAAGCAUGGAGAGAAUUCAAUAAAAUGAAGGAGAGAGAUGUGAUUUCUUACAGCACCAUGAUGUCUGCCCUCGCUGAUCAUGGUGAGUCGGAAGAAGUUUUGAGUCUCUUCUUGAAGAUGCAGAAGGAUGGAAUAAAACCAAACCAUGUUACAUUUACCACAGUGCUCAAUGCAUGUAGUCGAGGAGGGCUGGUCGAAGAAGGAUGUAAGCAUUUCAAAUUGAUGGUUAAGAAUUUCAGAAUCGAACCCUUAAGAGAGCACCUCACUUGCAUGGUUGACCUCCUUGGAAGGGCAGGGAAACUUGGACAAGCAUACGAUCUUGUCAAGGAAUAUACAGUGGCCACUGAUGCAGGAGUUUGGACUGCUCUUCUAGGAGCUUCUAAGAUUCAUGGUAAUGCUGAACUGGGUGAGAUUGCAGCCAGACAUCUUUUCAAAAUGGAGCCAGAUAAUGCUGGAAAUUUAGUACUUAUGGCGAAUACUUAUGCAUCAUUCGAUAAAUGGGAUAAGGCGGAGACAAUGAGGACGAUGAUGAGUAAAUAUGGAGAGCGAAAAUCAGCUGGUUGUAGCUGGAUUUCUAGUCUUACACAAAAUGAGCAAAUGAUGGGUAGAAGCAAUUGAUAACUGCCUCCAUUUCCUUCUCUUCGAUUUAGUUAAGAUCUCUUGUUUAUAUUGUCCAAUUGAAAAUUAAAACGAAGUACCUAACCAAAUAAUAAGCCCAAAGGUAGCCUCAAAAUAUUAGAACAUGUAACUGUUUGUAGGACUAGUUACUUUGUUUUUCAACAAAAAAUGUGCUUUAACUCGUAUAAUACAAAUGGUUGAAGA